AUGCCAUGGCUGGAGCAGGAAGACAUCCAAACAUCCUAUGAUGCGAACUUGUUUGAUGAUGAUGACAUGGAAGACGAUAUGGAAGAUGCUGCCGCGUUUCAAACCGCAAAUCAUAUAGACUUCAGUCUAGCAAGGACGACUCAGAUAGACAAGAGGGAGGCAUCACGGAUGGACCUAGAUGAUGCCACCGGACAGCCCCCAACUAGUUUCAAUAAGGAGAAAAGGUUCAAGACGGUAUCAGAUAAGCGUCGUAUCAAGGAAGUAGAUUACUCGGCGGAACUGCGCGAAAUGGUGUACAGUCAAACGGAACAGAUCAACCACAUGAGACGUGAGAUGCAAAUGGAAGCUCAAAACCUACAACAAGCACAUUUGUCCAGCAUGGAAGAUAUCAGAAAACAGUGGGAAGUAGCUCUGAGAGAGUGGGAAGCGCAACUCACCAAAGAAUUCGAGACACCCAUUGAUGACAGUGACAAGGCUAGCCGCGCCGAGCAGCACCAACAGCUUGAAGAUUAUAUGAGAAGUCGUGAAGCGGUCGGCCAUGCGAAUCACGAGGCGGUAGAAACUAGCAUGCAGAAAAUUCUAGAGGAUAGUCGCAAACGCUUUGAGCAAGAACUAGCUCAGCGUGAAGAAGAGUUCAAUAGAAAGAAAGAGGAAGAGUUUCUAGAACGCAAGCAAGCGAGAUUCGGCGAGAUGGAGCAGAGGCUGAAGUCCGAAGUCGAUAAGUUGAGGGCGGAAAAAGAAAGCGAGCUGGCCAACAUGGAACAGCGGUUUUCCAGGAGUUACAGAUUACCGGAUAGGGAUACAGAAAUGGAUGACAGCCCCCGUCCAUCCACAAAGCCAUCGUCAGGUACCCCAUGCCUUGAUACCAUCAAGAAGUUAAAGAGAAUUCGUGGAAUAUCGCGCAGGACUCGCCUUUUAUCAGUACCUGCGGAGGCGGACAUGCAGGAAUCCAUCAAGAACAAUCAUUCGAGAAAGAUGCACCACGUCAACAACAUGAUGCUUCCCUAUGGAAGAUGCGAUUGCACGAGGUGUGGAGGCCGCGCUAGAGGCGCAUUCUCAUCGAGAAAGACUUGUCCCGCUCGUCUAAAAAACGCAAGUCCCCAAGAAGAAAAAGAUCGAGGAUGCAAGAAAAUUCGGCGAGAGAAGGCUGCCCGAACUGAGCUGCGAAAGAGAUUUUCUUCUGGUAGCCCGGCAACAUAG